GCUGCCCGGAGCAGCAAUGCUUGCCCCAAUUGCAAUCGUGUGAUUGAGAAGAUUGGCGGGUGUGAUGUCAUGAUGGGUGGGGCUGAUGCCCAUUCUGCAGGGCCUUCUAGUCGGGAGGGUUGCGGGCGUGAAUUCAAUUGGUCACCGGCUCGUCCUUACCAACCCAGCCUGCGUGAAACAAAAAGACCUCCAGGAUUCUCGGCGAUUGUUUCGUGGCUCGAAAGCACAGAUGACUUCUCAUCCCAAGAAGCAGUCCGUGCUGCCUGGGAAGCUUUAGAAGGUUUGAGCCAAGAAGACCGACGUUAUGCUUUUGCCAAUGCUGUAGCCUGCAUGUUCUUGAAGGGUCAGCAGCAGCCGAUCUUGGCGCAAUCCUUGGUGUCCAAUCGAAAUCUGCAAACAGCCCUGGGCUUUGAUGGCCAUCCAGGUUUUGCUAGAGUAGCUUCGGUGCUAUGCGAUGCCUCCCAAGUGGACACCUCAACGAGUCUGGCAGCAAGUCUGCUGUUGGGUCGUGGCUGGGAGAGCGUGGGCAGUUCUCAAGAAACGCUCAAAAACACCGUGGCGAACCUUUUGGUGGCCAUUCUGGGAGGUCCUGACAACAACCACUCGAGUAUGCUCUUGCUGGAGCCCUUGGCCAUGUUGAACACCUUCCCUGUGGGCUUUGUCUUUGGAGCUAUGCCUGGCCCCGAGGGUUACCAUUUCGAUUGCGGUUGCGCCUUAGAUGCUCAAGGGCGGGCUUUUGGAAACCGACCGCACAUCAAUGAAGUUCAACCCUGUGGGUCGGAUGUGGCCGAGUUUGCUUGCAGCUAUGCCAUGAACUUCGCCCUUCGCUGCUUCGGGUGCGUGAGUGGCUGCCAGCAGCUCUCUGAGGAAGACCGAGCCCUCUGUUUCUUGGAUCUCUUCCACCAGUUUCGCACUUUGGCUUCAAUGAGAGAGCUAUGGAAGGGCCUCGACCAAGUGGUGGGCAAUCUACCACAACUUCGGGAGGAAGCCUUGCAGGUUUCUCAGGCCACUGGGCUCUGCAUUUUUUUGAAAACGACGUCAAAAGCCUUAGCACUGAUGCCUUUUGAAGAGAAGAACAAGAACAAUUUGGACUAA